UAAAUAGUAUAAACGUUAGACCUAAUUGGCCAAGAAAUCAUCUCAUCGAUCAGUUGUUCAUUUUGCUUUUUCAAGGAGAACGGAGAUGGAAAACAUACAACAUUUUCUAGAGAGUAAAACUAUCUUGGUCACCGGAUCCACUGGCUUUCUUGGAAAACUUCUUGUGGAGAAAAUAUUGAGGAUUCAACCAAAUGUGAAGAAAUUCUAUCUUCUUUUAAGAGCUCCAGAUGGCGACUCAGCAAUGCAACGCAUGCAAUCUGAGGUCGUAGGAAAGGAGUUGUUCAAGGAUGUUAGGAAAAAAUGGGGAAAAGACUUCGAUUCUUUUAUAUCAGAAAAGUUGAUUCCAGUCCCUGGAGAUGUUAGUAGCCAAAACUUGGGAGUCGAAGAAGUAAAUCUCAGGGAAGAGAUGUGGAAAGAUAUAGAUAUUAUCGUCAAUUCUGCUGCAACAACGGACUUCUACGAAAGAUAUGAUACCGCUCUGAAUAUCAAUUCAAUGGGAGUUCUGAAUGUUGUGAAAUUUGCCAUGAAAUGUGUCAAGCUAAAGAUGCUUCUCCACGUAUCAACCGCUUAUGUUUGUGGGGAAGGAGAGGGAGUGAUAGUAGAGAGAGAAUUAUACCCAGGUCAAACUUUAAGAGCAACAUCCUCCAAAUUAGAUUUUGAAAUAGAGAUGAAGUUGGCUGCUCAAAAAUUGGAUGACUUGAGGGCACAAGGUAUUUCAGAAGCACUUAUUGCGUCAGACAUGAAGGAUUUUGGUAUUCAAAGGGCAAAAAAAUUUGGUUGGCCUAAUACUUAUGUAUUUACUAAGGCCAUGGGAGAAAUGUGCAUUGGACAAUAUAAAGAUAGCUUGCCAACUGUUAUUAUUCGUCCUACAAUGAUUACCAGCACUUACAAUGAACCUUUUCCUGGUUGGAUUGAAGGUUUGAGGACUAUUGAUAGUGUAGUUGUUGGCCACGGUAAAGGGAAGAUAACAUGUUUUCUGGCCGAUCCAGCAUGUAUAAUGGACAUGAUACCGGGUGAUAUGUUGAUAAAUGCAAUGAUAGUAGCUAUGGUUGCUCAUGCAAAUCAAUGCUUUAGUAAAUCAACGAAAAACAAUAAUAUUUACCACGUGGGGUCUUCCCUCAGAAAUCCAAUAAGUUUCUCUAUGCUUCACCAGUUUAGCUACUCGUACUUUACUAAAAAUCCUUUGAUAUCCAUGGACGGAAAACCAAUCAAAAUUACCAAGGGUACAGUAUUGUCUAAUAUGCCCACUUUCCGAAUCUACAUGCUUAUACGCUACCUUCUACCUCUACAGAUGCUGCAAUUGUUGAGCAAAGCCUUUCCCUCGUCUUUUCGAGAUUUGUAUGUCAACAGUAUGCGAAAAUUCAAUUUGGUAACGCGUUUGGUGCAACUUUACAAACCAUAUGUUCUAUUCAAGGGCAUCUUUGAUGACACUAAUUCAGAGAGGCUUCGAGAAAAAGCAAGGGAGAUUUUUAAUUAUGUGGAAGUGGAUUUAUUCAACUUCGAUCCAAAGUGCAUUGAUUGGAAAGACUACCUCAUCAAUAUUCACUUUCCUGGAGUCAAGAAAUUCGUCAUCAAAAAAUAAAUAUCAUAUUCUUUUUUCUUUUUCUUUUUUUGUGUGUGGCAAAAUAAUUCAUUUACUUAUUUUAAUUUUACAUUCUGAGAUGCAAUAUAUUCUAUACUAGCUAAUAGUGUGCUCUUUGCUAGAUCAAUUCAAAUGAUCCCAUUUAUAUAUUCUGUUAUUAUGACAUUAAAUGUUAUUAUGACAUUUAUAUACAAAAGGAAGUGUCUCUUCACUUAAUUAGUUCUUGUCUACCAAGCUUUCUUGCUUGAUCCUGUAAUCGGCUAAUUAUGCCUCCCUUCCUUUUGUAUGCCCAAUUUAUAAGCAUUUUUCCUGGGAAAAUACUCUAAUUAAUUAUUAUUAGCUCCAUUAUUGUCACA